AUGGCGGAUGAAUCGUCCUGGGCAUUGACUUGGGGCAAUCUUCAGGAGAUUUUUCAGGAAUGUGAGCAGAGCGGCUUUCCUUGUGCCGGUUUUCGCUCUGGCAUUUUCAUUGAGACUGGAACCUUCUUGGGCCAAACAGUGGUGGCACUCUCCCUACAUUUCUCUGAACUGCACACGAUCGAACUGAGUACUGAGUGUUUUGAGGCAGCCAGGCUUUUUGCUUGGAAGGCAGCACGGCCGAUUCACUACCACUUGGGAAAUUCCAUCAAAGUACUGAAAACGAUCCUUCCAAAGGUCUCAGGUCCAACAGUGCUGUACUUGGACGCUCAUUGGUCUGGCUCCGUUACGAAAGGCUUGGAGGAAGAGAUUCCUUUGAUGAAGGAGUUGGGUUUGAUCAAUGACUUGCUUCCACAUGCUUCAUUGGUCAUCAUCGAUGACUUGGAUCUUUUCGCCAAGAUCAACAGCUUUGAAGCCAUAGACGGCCAGACUGGAAGGGUCACUGGAUCUCACUCAGCAGAUUGGCGCUCCAUUACUUGCGACUCCGUGCAGAUGAGCUGCUCUACUCGAGCGCAUGGUUGCUUCAAGAUGAAAACGCAAAAUCGCUUCAUCAUCAUGUUGCGUCCUGCAGGUGGCAGAUCUGCAGAGACGCCUGCAGAUUCGCCAGUGGAUCAGCCCAGGUCCUUCUGUCAGGACCUGGUUUUGAGAUCUAUGUAUGGAGCAGCUGUUGGAGCAACCCCAGCUGGGACUUUGACCUGCCAAGAUCCACAAAAAACAGUGGAAUCAGUAUGGAUCUCAGUACCUGGUUCAGCUUUGCAAGCUGAAGGUCUUGAGAAAGUACGAUCUCACGGACGCUGGUGGAAGCAAAUUGCGGAUGCGAUUGAGAGGGAAUAUCGUAAUAGUUUGGGACAUGCAUCCAACAGUUUUAAGGAUCUGCAGGAUCGAAUGCAAGAAGAACGGACGAAGACUGCAAAGCUUUGUCAGAAAUCCGUCGAACAUGUCUUGACGCGGGAGCAGUCCAUUGCCUUGCAUGAUGAUUUGAUCCAAGCUUUCCUGGACAAGAAUUUCCAGACGAGAUUAGCAGCCAGUUGGGCAGCAGCAAAGGGAGACAAAACCAAAGAACAGAAAUGCAAGCGUGAACUGUGCUUGCCCUUUCAACUUCCUAUCAUGGAGAAGUACGGUUUUGAAAGGUCUGAGAAGGGCGUAUUUAAGUGCUUGUGGUCCAUUCGCACAACUUUUUUCAACUUUGCAACAAUUGAAGAUGUUGACAAAGAGAUGCAGCUCAAGGCCGUUUUCUUGGACUUCCUGGUGAAUCCGGGGAAGGAUCUUCAUCCAGAUGUGAUUCCAUUUGCCGAACACAUCUAUCCCAAGGGAUAUGCCGCUGUGUGCCAGAUCCGGACAAGCACCCUAAAGUAA